AUGUCUGAAGUUAGAAUUACUCUAGAUCGACAGAUCGAACUUUACGGUCUAAUUUCGCGUGCAAUGACAAAUUUGAAAAAACUAGGCGAUGCAAAUGUGACGAUCGGUCGAAUAAAAAGUCGUUUAAAUUUAUUAAAUUCAAAUUGGGCUAAAUUCCAGCAAAUUCAUGAAACUGUAACUGGUAAUCGCGAUGAAUUUCAAGAUCACGUUUAUUUUAAGGACGAUAUAUAUGCUGAGUGCGAAGAACAAUACGUGAAUAUUCAAGGAGACAUGUUCGAUCUUAUAGAUAAGUUAUCCGCUCCCUCUGACAACUUAGCAAAUAAUUCUUUAAAUAAUACAACACGUGCUAUAAAUUCUCAUUCUCCUAAAUUACCAAGAAUAGAUUUACCAAAAUUCUCUGGAGACUAUCUACAAUGGAAACAUUUUCAUGACUUAUUCGAUUCUAUGGUUAAAUCUAAUUCAGAACUCUCUUUGGUCGAAAAAUUACAUUAUUUAAAAAUGAGUGUAACGGAAGAACCCGCCCAACUUUUAAAAAACAUCGCGAUUUGUGAAGAUAAUUUUGCUCGAGCAUGGGAUAUUCUUAUAGAUCGGAAAGUCUACGACAUCGACGGUGAGAAAGGUAAAACGAAAAAAAUCUUCACGUCAAGUAGAUCGUCAAUGUUCGAAAGAAAAAGGAUACGACAUCAACGUAGUAUACUUCGAAAAUCGAAAUAG